UUCCCACGUUUCUGGGAAGUCGCCCUUCGGGCAAUAGGACAUUUAUGAGGGGUGGGGGAAAGCGUGGUUCUGGGUCGCUGACUAAAAAAUAGCCGAGACAGACAGCAGCUUGAGGUUCGAGGCGGGCUGGCCAGGGGCCAACAGAAUAUUCCUUCUUCACUGCCGCUGCCCCCAGAAGAAGGCCAAAACUCAGGAAGAACUCAGGUGCCCCCAGGGGCAGAAGUAACUUACAAGCUCAAGCACUGGGGCGUAACCUAGGGCAAAACGCGCUCCAUGAGCUUCCCUGCGGCCGUUUCUUGGGCCAGCCCCCGCCUCCAGCCUCAGCGCCACUCCCUCUCUGCCAAGUGGCUCUCUGGUCUGGAGGCGGGACCGAGCUUUCGGGUGGCCCCUGGAGGAUUGGGGCUGUGAGCUCUGGAGGCUGGAAGGGGAGAAGGGAGGGGCGAGGACUGGGCAGUCCAAAGAGGAGGGGGCCUUUAAUAGGCUCGCCCAGAUCUUGGGUUGCUGCGCUGCGAGUGGCUGCGGAAGAGAAGCCGUCCGGCACCUCCCGCCAGCUCUCCGCUGCAAAUUCUCCGCCUUGCACUUGACAGCGGUUGCACUUAAGCUCCCAGGGCGCACUUUGAUUGGAAAGGCACAGGUAGGAGGCGCGGGCUGCGGGUGCACGCUCGCUGCUCUGGGAGGUGUCUCUGUGACUCGGUAGGCUGUACUUUCUGGGAGCUGCCGGCUGCCCCGGAGUGUUGGUGGUUCCGCGGCGCGGGCUGCAAGGAGACCGGUGCACUUUGCCGGGGAGCCAAGCCAGCCCCUUUGCAGAGCGCGGCUGUACGCUUCCUGGCGCCAUGCUUCUCCUGAGCAUCUUAACCCUGGCUCUGGCUGGGCGACCCGCUGGCGGCUCGGACACAGACCGGGAGGUCGUCAUCCCCAUCCGACUGGACCCGGACAUCAACGGUCGCCACUACUACCGGCGAGGUCCAGAGGGUUCCGGGGAUCAGGGACUCAUUUUUCAGAUCGCAGCCUUUCAGGAGGACUUUUACCUACACCUGAUGCCAGAUGCUCAGUUCCUGGCUCCCGCCUUCGCCACUGAGUACCUGGGCGAUCCUCUGCAGGAGCUCGCCGCCAGCGCUUUAGACCUACGACGCUGCUUCUACUCGGGAGACGUGAACGCCGAGCCGGACUCGUUCGCCGCCGUGAGCCUGUGCGGAGGUCUCCGGGGCGCCUUCGGUUACCGCGGCGCCGAGUAUGUCAUUAGCCCGCUGCCCAACGCCAGCGCGCCGGCUGCGCAGAGCAACAGUCAGGGCGCGCACCUCCUCCAGCGCCGGGCAGCCCGCGGCCGGGCCGCCGGAGACCCCGCCUCCCGCUGCGGGGUGGCCUCGGGCUGGAACCCCGCCAUCCUGAGGGCCCUGGACCCUUACAAGCCACGGCGGACGGGCGUAGUGGGCAGCCACCGGCGGCGCAGUCCCGGGCGCGCCAAGCGCUUCGUGUCCAUCCCACGCUACGUGGAGACGCUGGUGGUAGCGGACGAAUCGAUGGUCAAGUUCCACGGCGCAGACUUGGAGCAUUAUCUGCUGACGCUGCUGGCGACGGCGGCGCGACUCUACCGCCACCCAAGCAUCCUUAAUCCCAUCAACAUCGUCGUGGUCAAGGUGCUACUCCUCGGAGACCGGGACAACGGGCCCAAGGUCACCGGCAACGCGGCUUUGACGCUGCGCAACUUCUGCGCCUGGCAGAAGAAGCUGAACAAAGUGAGCGAUAAGCACCCCGAGUACUGGGACACCGCCAUCCUCUUCACUAGGCAGGACUUGUGUGGGGCUACCACAUGUGACACACUGGGCAUGGCGGAUGUGGGCACCAUGUGUGACCCUAAGAGGAGUUGCUCUGUCAUUGAGGACGAUGGGCUUCCGUCAGCCUUCACCACUGCUCAUGAGCUGGGCCACGUGUUCAACAUGCCCCAUGACAAUGUGAAGGUGUGUGAGGAGGUCUUUGGAAAGCUCCAAGCCAACCACAUGAUGUCUCCAACCCUCAUCCAGAUAGACCGCACCAAGCCCUGGUCAGCCUGCAGUGCGGCCAUCAUCACUGACUUCCUGGACAGCGGGCAUGGUGACUGCCUCCUGGACCAGCCCAGCAAACCCCUCUCCCUGCCUGAGGACCUGCCGGGGACCAGCUACACCCUGAGUCAGCAGUGUGAGCUGGCCUUCGGCGUGGGCUCCAAGCCCUGUCCAUACAUGCAGUACUGCACCAAGCUGUGGUGCACCGGCAAGGCCAAGGGGCAGAUGGUGUGCCAGACCCGCCACUUCCCCUGGGCAGAUGGCACCAGCUGCAGCGUGGGCAAAUUCUGCCUCAAGGGGGCCUGUGUGGAGAGACACAACCUCAACAAAUACCGGGUGGACGGCUCCUGGGCCAAGUGGGAGCCCUACGGUCCCUGCUCGCGCACCUGUGGUGGAGGCGUCCAGCUGGCCCGAAGGCAGUGCAGCAGCCCCUCCCCUGCCAAUGGUGGCAAGUACUGCGAGGGGGUGCGGGUGAAGUACCGGUCUUGCAACCUGGAUCCCUGCCCCACGUCAGCAUCAGGCAAGAGCUUCCGUGAGGAGCAGUGUGAAGCGUUCAAUGGCUACAACCACAGCACCAACAGGCUCACUCUGGCUGUGGCGUGGGUGCCCAAGUACUCGGGGGUGUCUCCCCGGGACAAGUGCAAGCUCAUUUGCAGAGCCAACGGCACCGGCUACUUCUAUGUGUUGGCACCCAAGGUGGUGGACGGGACACUGUGUUCUCCUGACUCCACCUCGGUCUGCGUCCAAGGAAAGUGCAUCAAGGCCGGCUGCGACGGCAACCUGGGCUCCAAGAAGAAGUUUGACAAGUGUGGGGUGUGUGGGGGCGACAACAAGAGCUGCAAGAGGGUGACGGGACUCUUUACCAAGCCCAUGCAUGGCUACAAUUUCGUGGUUGCCCUCCCUGUCGGCGCCUCCAGCAUCGACAUCCGCCAGCGCGGCUACAAGGGGCUGAUUGGGGAUGACAACUACCUGGCCGUGAAGAACAGCCAGGGCAAGUACCUGCUCAAUGGGCACUUCGUGGUGUCGGCUGUGGAGCGGGACCUGGUGGUGAAGGGAAGCCUGUUGCGGUACAGCGGCACGGGCACAGCGGUGGAGAGCCUGCAGGCUUCCCGGCCCAUCCAGGAGCCCCUGACUGUGGAGGUCCUCUCUGUGGGGAAAAUGACACCACCACGGGUUCGUUACUCUUUCUACCUGCCCAAAGAGCCCUGGGAAGACAAGACCUCCCUUCCUAAGGAGCCGCGCGCGCCCCCCGUGCUGCACAACAGCGUGCUCCGCCUCUCCAACCAAGUGGAGCAGCCCGAUGACAGGCCUCCUGCGCGCUGGGUGGCAGGCAGCUGGGGACCUUGCUCCGCUAGCUGCGGCAAUGGCCUGCAGAAGCGAGCAGUGGACUGUCAGGGCUCAUCAGGACAGCACAGGGCCUCCGCGUGCGAUGCAGCCCAUCGGCCGGCGGAGAUGCGAGCCUGUGGGGAACCCUGCCCAACCUGGGAGCUCGGGACCUGGUCACCCUGCUCCAAGACCUGUGGCCGGGGGUUUAAGAGGCGUCCACUCAAGUGUGUGGGUCACGGAAACCGGCUGCUGGCCCGGGACCAGUGCAACUUGCGUCGCAAGCCCCAGGAGCUGGACUUCUGUAUCCUGAGGCCCUGCUGAAUGGGACUGUCCCUUCCCCCCUCAUUCUUCAUCCCACUGUUGUGCCAGUGCUCUGGCUACCUGGUGCAGGGAAGGGUGACAAGCGGCCUGUGCCACCAUGCCACUCAUAUCCAGGACAAGGACCAUGGAUUGGGAUGAGUGGUUCCUUCCUCCCCGGACUGGGCAUGGGACGCUAACUCACACACAGUCUACCUCAUGCCCCAUUCCCCGGGGGCCCAGUUUCGGGGAGAGGCUACAAGGCGUGGGUGCUGGACAGAAGGUGCUGAGGCCCAGCUUCCAAGGGACCUAGAGGAUGGACUUCUCCCAGGGAGAACUUCAGGGACCCCAGCCCCUGUCAGAGGGGCCACACGCUGCUGGAAGAGUCAUGGCUCAGCAGCGUGGCACCCUCAGGUGGCCCUGGGGCACUGAGCCAUCUCUGAACAAAGCAGGGUUUCACGGUGCUUUCAGACCUCUCUUGUCUUCUGACUGACACAGGUCAAUCAGUGAGGAUUGUCGUGGCGGGUGGAAGCAGGGGCUGGUGGGGUUGCAACAACUGGAGCCUGGGUUCCUCUGCUGGGGAAGCUGUGGGUGGGGACAGAGUCCCAGGGUUCCUCAUCUUCCAACUGGGCCCACCCUGGAAAAGCGAGCCUCUCCUUACCACCACUAUCCAGGAAGUAGACUAGGGGCAGGGCUGUUGCUAGUGUGCUCAGAGGCUUUUUGGAAAAAGGAGAAAGUCCCUUGGAGUUACCCGCUUUGCCUAGAGGGAGCCAUGGCUGACAGAUGCUGGUGCUUGUCAGAUGGCUGAGGCAGGAACAUGAGGGGAGACCUGGGGGUCCUGCUGGCUGUGGGGCUGGGCCAGUGAGUGUGUCCUCAGCUCGACUAGGCACUGGGGACUGUUGCCCUGGGACAGGGAAGAGGACGCUCCAGUCCCAAUGUGGACUUUCGCCACAGGCCCUACAUUGCCUCUGAGAAUCUUCCCAGUGACCACAGUCCUGUGCAUGUUGGGAGGGAGCAGAUGUUCCCAGGAGGGCCCAGAAGAGCACCUCAGGUUUCAAGUUGGGCUUCUUCCCUCCCUCCGGAUGCUCCUGCUGUCUGUGCUGGGCAUGGCAUAUCACUUCUCCAGCUGUGAAUUGGGUUGUCUGUUUGCUACCUCAGAUUAUGCUCUCUGGGAACCCACCCUGUCCCCAGGGACAGAGGUAACCUGGUGCUCCCACCAUGCCCAACUGUCAUCUUCAUAGAGCAAUUCGGCCAGCCAGAGGGAGGAAGGUGUGAUGCAGGCCAACGCAGGGCUCCAGACGUGAAGGCGGGGAGGGGGUAUCUCGCUUCAGGUUCCUCGGGAGCUGUUCAGGAGGCAACAAGAGUCAUAACCUGAUCCAGAGGCCUUUGAAGCUGCUAGAAGGAACGGUUGGAGACACUUCUGGCUUGUUAAUGUGGCAGGGGUAAAAACCUAGGCAUUUUCUAUAGCUCCAAGAGGGGAGAUAGGGUGGGAACAGAGGUCCUUUGGCCAAGCAGGGUAUUCCUUGAAGGUGCAGAUGCCCCCGAGUGGAAAGGGGGUAUUCUGCUUUUCAAUGCGGGCUAAGUCCAGGAACUCAGUGAAGAAUCAAAUGAAAUUAAAUCAAAGCAUGAACCUUCCCUGGGGAGAGGGGCUCAGUCCUUUCCUGAGGUUUCCUUCAUAGUCAAAAUCCACAAAGCAAGCAGCCAGCCAGCCAGGCCUCUGGUCUGUGGCCUUUUGACACUGGUCUAAUCCUAGGCUAGAGAAUGUGGCCAGAGCUCUGGUAAGGUGGAAGGCCUUUGUGGAGCAGGGCAGGCGACACUUGACACUCUUGAAGGAUGGAGCAGGAAGGAAUCCCCUUCCUCACACUGUGAGGCUCGGAGACAAAAGGACCCCAGGGUGCAGGCAAAAGGGGGGUCCUGCUGGUGUCUGGUCAGUGUAUUCUCUCCCAGGUGAGGAGAGGGUGGGGUAGGGGCUGCGUGGGGUGGGCAGAGGGCUGAGUGCUCCCUGGUGGGUGCUGUUUACUGACAGUUGCUUCACAGAUCAUUUCAAGGAGGGAUAACCACUCUCACUCCUGACACAAGCCGGGUCUCCACGCUCUUCCUGCAGCUCCUUCCUUUCCUUAAAACAACAGCAGAGCCCCCCUUCCCCACUCCCAAAACCAAAAUAUCCAAUACUAUGACCAAGACAAUUUGGGAAGUUUGUCUUGUCUUUGAACACUUCCUUAGGCCAGCCAGGCUUCCCAGAGCUGAGAGAUGACUUGACGCACAGGCCAUGGCACAGGAAGCGACGGUGGCAUCUCGUGGCUGAGCGAGCAGAGGAGCCUUCAGGGAGCGCCAGCAAUUUCUUCAGUGGGGUGGAGACCAGUGAGGCCUUGGGCGUAGGAUCCCCAAGCCUCUUUUACCCACUGUGUGCACUGAUAGGAGGCGCCUCGCCCGAAUAUCCUCAAUACCAGAGAGGAGGUUGCGGGCCAAGGAGAGCUUGAGGGGCUGGAUUCCCCAGCCUGGGGGUCGGCUCCUGAGGCCCCAGGCACUGCCAUCGCUAGAGCCCCACGCUGUACUUGCUUCUUUUGCAUUCCAUGCACUGUAGAAGGAAGGGACGACCUGGGUCCUGGCUGGGCGUGUAUACUGUGUAUACAAGGGAGCUGGCUGCAGGUGAUGACAGCCUGCGGCGAAUAAAGCGGAAGUAUUUAACACUUG